AUGGCAUCUUUGGUAUCCAUGGUUGGUCGGAUUUACCAGGCGUUCAGUCCGCCGCAACAACCUGCUAAAGUAGGAGAUGCUCUUAAAUUUGGCAUAUUAGGAGCCGCCAGCAUCGCGUAUGUGAAAAAUAUACAUGGCCGAAGCUUAACCCCGUUGACAUAUAAACUUAGGCCACUUGCUCUAAUUAUUCCAGCCAAGUCCCAUCCCGAAGUGAUCGUCCAGGCGGUGUCGGCUCGUGACCGCAAGAAGGCGGAUGAUUUUGCUAGGUCACACGGCAUUCCCGAAGUCAGAGACUCGUAUGAGGAUAUUAUACAUGACCCCAACAUCGACUGUGUUUUCAUCCCCCUUCCAAACUCCCUUCAUUACGAAUGGGCAGUCCGUGCCAUUCGCGCCGGCAAGCACGUCCUGCUUGAGAAGCCUUCUGUGUCAAACUCCACGGAGGCGGAGAUCCUCUUCAACCUGCCUGAGCUUUCUCAACCCAAUGGACCAGUCCUCCUCGAGGCUUUCCACAGUCGCUUCUUCCCAGCCUGGUCGUACUUCCGCUCUUUGAUCGACCCGGCGAAUGUCGUCCACAUAAACGCCGUCUCAAUGAUCCCUUGGUGGCUAACCAGCAAGGACGAUAUCCACUUCAACUACGAGCUGUCAGGUGGCAGUAUUAUGGCUAUGGGAACCUACAAUUUGGCUGCGCUGCGGCUUUUCUUUGACGCUGAACCUGAGGAGUGUCUCAACUGUGAGGUGCACGCCUACACCGAUGGGAUCCAUGACAAAUGUGACUAUGAUUUCCGAGCCCAGUUUCGUUUCCCGAACGGUGGGAUUGGCGAGGCCUCAAGUACUCUGAAGGGACCCACGUCCUGGACCCCAUCGCAUGUCACGGUGACCAACAAGGAGAUCAUUAUGGAAGACAAGAGCCUCCCUGAAUCACAGCUCAAGGCUCAAAAACAGGAGUUGACCCUCCACGGCUUUGUGCACGGGCUCUUCUGGCAUAGGGUUGAUAUCAAGGAUGUUUAUGAGAUCCGUGACCAGAAUACAGGCAACGUAAUCCGGAAGUGGGAGGAGAAAACCUCCCAGAAAGCAUACACCUUCAAGGAAGCAGGUGGUGAUUUUGCGGACCUGCCCGGUGAACCUUACUGGACGUCUUACCGACACCAGUUGGAGCAGUUUGUCAAUCGCAUCAAGGGUCGGAAAACCCAACACUGGGUGGAUAGAAGCGACUCGAUUGCCCAGAUGAAGAUGCUGGACAUGGCCUACGAAAAGAGUGGUCUCGGUCCUCGGCCUACCAGUUCGUUCAGAUAA